AUGUUUCGCACUUCAUCAAUUCAAAGUCGUCUCCUUCAUAGAUAUGGUGGUAUGCUGCAUUUUGAGAAACAUAGUAAUAAUGAGGGUAUUUUCGUUGGAUUAUCAGAUCCUUCUGUUUAUAUACGACGUGCUAUGUCAAAGCCUACUAUCUGGCAACGACCAGAUACUCCUGAUCCUCAUAGAAAAAAACAAUUGUGUGAAAGAUUCAUGUAUGUUAUUGGAGAACUUCGAAACUCACUUAAUAAUAAUCUUCAUAUUAUUAGAUCAAUGAAGUAUGAUGAAUCUUCAUUAGUAAAAUAUCGUCAACCCGAUGUCUUUAAAAAUAUGUUUAUUUGUCCUGGCGAUUUCCAUCUGAUGAAAAAUAUGAUGAUUGUUGUAUGGGAUUUACUUAAAGGAUCAGGCAUUGAAGAUGUAUUGAAAAGUAUCUACAAGAAUGCAACAUUUUCUUCAAUUUUGGUUGUACGUCAUUUCAAUAGAAGUUUAGGAUGCUGCAAGCGUUUGCAUACAGCACUGCAUAUGUUGUGUAUUGAAGCGUUUUCCCACCAAACGUCGAUAUCAUCAUCAAUCACUGAUUGUUUGAAUACUUUAAAGUCGGUGAUACUACAGAUACCAUCGGAAUAUGCAUCUGAUGAUAUAUUUCAAAAAUGGUUUCCACAACUACUUCAAACUGGUUAA